AUGAAAACAGGUGGUACAAUCAAAAUACUCGGAAUGAUUAUAUCUCUAUUGCUCGUUGCGAUAACAGCAGCAUCUGGUGAGAAAGAAGCAGUACUUGAUUCUCUUGGGAGGCCAGUAGAGACCGAUACUCCGUAUCUCAUCCGGGUGGACUAUGGGAUACAUAUAGAUGUCGUAGACGAGGGAUGGGUUUCCCGUUAUGCACUUCCAUUUUUCCCAUGCCCAAAAGAUGUGAUGGUUGAUCGCAACAUACCUGACUAUGCUAUAUUCAGUUUUGUAUCACUACUAUCAUUACCAGAUGUGCUACGUGUAUCAACAGAGUUUCAGAUAUAUUUCCGACCGAGCAACAAACGCUGUUGGGACUCGGGAUAUUGGAGAGUCGUCGAUGGCCUAGUACUCAAGGGGGGAGGCCCGGAUGUCAAUAAUACCAUCUUCACCAUCGAGAAACGUGGAGGAUCUUACAGGUUUGCUUUCAAAGGUGCUGAAAUUGGUGUAAGGUCGUUCGGUGGCCCACUGGUUUUGUCAUUGGAGGCGGCGAGGCCCGCCUCUUUUCGUCGCUUAAACGUUUCUUUCGUCCGGUAG